CCGGAGCGGUCACGUGGCGGGCGGGCCGGGCUGGGCCGGAGAUGGCGCGGCUGCUGGAGAGGCUCCCGCCGGGACGGGCGCUCGAGUUCCUUCAUAACAUAGUUGAUGGCAUCUGUGGCCGUGCGUAUCCUCGAUACCAGGAUUAUAGCAAUGUUUGGAGCUUGUCAGAGUGGAUGGAGGUUUUAGAGAAAACGAAGACAUAUUUCAAAACUGCAGUUGGCAAAAAUAUAUCUGAUGAAGAGGCUGCUAGGCAGAUAAUUGAGUUAAAUUCAGACUGUCAAGAAGCAAUCACAAAAUGUCUGAAAGGUAGAAAGGAAGAAAUCAGGAAGGCCCUAGUAGAAGGAGUAAAUGCAAUCUCUUCUGCCCAGCUGCAGGAUUUUGACUGGCAGUUAAAGCUCGCUCUCUCCAGUGAUAAGAUCUCCAUGCUGCAAAUGCCACUCCUCAAUCUUGAUUUGGAUGUGAGAGAAAAUGGUGAAAUUAAGCCGAUUUCUAUAGAGAUGAAUAAGGAAGAGUUGCAAAACCUAAUAAAUGCACUGGAAGCUGCUAAUAAGGUUGUUUUACAGCUGAAAUGAUGGAAUUCAGAUCAUCAACAGUAUCUGCUGGUGAUGGCUCCCCAAAUAAUUUGGGGAAAAAAUGUGUUUACUGCAAAGCAAAAAGUUUUGGUGCUGUAAAAUACUGAAGUGAGAAGACUGUUCUGACUUGUGACCAAAUGAACUACUAAUCUUUCAAUAAAAAUAAUAAAAUCGUAUAUCUAUUUGACCAAAAAUAUGAAAAUCUAAUGUACAGUUGCUAUUAGUACUAAAGAUUUACAGAUGUUUGGAAGAGAAUUACUUACAACAUGUGCCAUACUUGUUUUGGUAAAACUUUGGCAGUUACUACACAGGUGCCUGGUAAAACUAAGGCAUCUGACUUGCAUUGUAUGUUACCUUAUCUAAAGUGCCACGCUAAUAAAGAACGUGAGAGUAUUUGUAGCAUUAAUGUGUUUAUACUUGUAAAUAUGGCAAAUAAACACCUGACUUUGUGUGUGAA